UAGCGAGAACUAACCGUUCUCGGCGGGUGUUCAUAUAUAGACGGCGCGCGUUCUCCUUCUUUAGUUUCGAGUCGGGUCCCAGUGUUCUUUCGGGAAAUAUUUCGUUUCCUUCCAUUUGUUCGAACGCAACCGUCGCCUACGAUCAUGGCCAAGGACAAUCUCACCGCUAUUCUUUACGGCAUCAAUGACAUUCGUUUGGAACAAACUCCUAUCGAGGAGCCUAACGACGAUGAGGUACUCCUUAGAAUGAGCUGCGUUGGAAUUUGCGGUUCCGACGUGCAUUAUCUUGUAAAGGGUGGGAUCGGUGAUUUCGUGGUGCGCAAACCCAUGAUCAUCGGCCAUGAGGCCUCUGGUGUGGUCGCCAAGCUAGGAAAAGGCGUGAAGAAUUUAAAGGUUGGCGAUCGAGUGGCCAUCGAACCUGGCGUAUCCUGUCGCAUGUGUCACUUCUGUAAGGAAGGACGUUACAAUUUGUGCAAGGAUAUGGUAUUUUGUGCCACGCCGCCGGUCCAUGGCAAUCUGAGACGUUACUACAAACACGCAGCCGAUUUCUGCUACAAGUUACCGGAUCACGUAACGAUGGAAGAAGGGGCACUGUUGGAGCCUCUGUCUGUCGGUGUCCAUGCUUGCAAACGCGCAAACAUCGGUAUCGGCUCGAAGGUGUUGAUUUUGGGCUCAGGCCCCAUCGGUCUCGUGACCUUGUUGGUAGCCAGGGCUAUGGGUGCCAGCAAAGUUGUUAUGAUUGAUCGGCUGAAGAGCAGGUUGGACGUCGCGGAGAAACUGGGUGCUGACGCAACGUUAUUGGUGAAGGAGGAAUACACGGAGCCGGAAGUUGUGAAGAAAAUUCACGAUCUCUUCGGAGAAGAACCUGACAGAUCGAUCGACGCUGCUGGGGCUCAGUCGUCCAUUCGGUUGGCAAUUCUCGCGACCAAAUCCGGUGGAGUGGCAGUUUUGGUAGGGAUGGGUGCACCGGAAGUCCAAAUUCCAUUGAUCAACGCCCUGGUAAGGGAAGUCGAUAUUAGAGGAGUCUUCAGAUACGCGAACGAUUACGCUGACGCCCUGGAACUAGUGGCCUCUCGAAAAAUAGACGUGAAACCGCUGAUAACCCAAAAUUACAAAAUCGAGGAGACCGUAGCAGCGUUUGAUGCUGCAAAAUCUGGACAAGGUGAUGUCAUCAAAGUCAUGAUUCAUUGCGACUAGUCGAAACAAAGAAGGAAAGGAAACGAGAGCAACGUUUUGUCGCCUACCUUUUACACAAUGACGAAAUUCGAUAAUUGUAAAAUGUUUAGGAAAUCUAAGGGAACAGUCCCGAAUGAAUCGAUACCGUGGAUGUUAAACACUUUACGCGCGUCAGAUUAGACAAAGGGUUGACGUGUACCAUUGGCGAACUUGAAUUAUUAUCGACGACACGUAAAUCAGAUUCAAGGUCUUCGAGUUUUUAUCGUUUCGCUGAAACGCGAUGCGUAGAUAGUGUAAAAUGCCAUAUUGAAAUAUAUUAUAGCGACGAGCGUCUGGCACGCAUAGACUUUAAAUGUUAUUUUGUUGUAUACAUAACGCGAUUGGAAAUAUGGAAUGCGUAUUAUAAUUGAAGAAGUAACUUUCGAAUAUGCCGUAAUGGAAGACGUGUUCGACUUUGUAAUUUUAUCGUUGCGAACGCUGUAUGAUUACACUACUAGAAUACUGUAUAAUGUUGAUAACGUAAUCUAGUCGAUUUCGCGAUUUUUUAGGGACUAAGAAUGUUUCUGUUGUUGUCAGUUGAUAUUGAAAUUUCAGUGUAUAUAUAUUCAAAAUAAAAUGUUUUCGAGAUUAA